CGGCGACGGCCACAAAAAAGAAAAACAGGUACUGGUUGGCACGGCCGAAUAAUUCCGGUACAGUCCCGCCGACGACUCCACUCCGAGCCGCCGGCGCGUGCUCUCCAGAAGCCACCGCACCGCGAUGGCCGCCUCCGCCCCGGCCGCCGGCGCCUCCCUCCCGCUCCCCAUCUCCGUGUGGCCGCAUCCCGCGAGGGUCAACGCGCUGCCCCCGGUUUCUCCUCCGACUCGGCGCCUCAGCCUCAGCCUCAGCCUCGGCCGCCCCGCGCAGCUCCCCUCCUUCUCCUCCGGUUCGGGGCGCGGCCGAUCGGUGCGGUGCCUGGCGGCUCUGAGCACGGAGAUGAGGGAGACGCUGGAUAAGGUGGUUGGGUCGCACAAGGUGGUGCUGUUCAUGAAGGGGACCAAGGACUUCCCGCAGUGCGGCUUCUCCCACACUGUGGUGCAGAUCCUGCGCUCGCUGGAUGUGCCCUUCGAGACGCUCGACGUGCUCGCCAACGAGGCGUUCCGGCAGGGGCUCAAGGAGUACUCCAGCUGGCCCACCUUCCCGCAGCUCUACAUCGACGGCGAGUUCUUCGGUGGAUGCGACAUCACCGUUGAAGCAUACAAGAGCGGAGAGCUGCAGGAAACACUAGAGAAGGCGAUGUGUUCUUAGAGACCAUUGAACCCCGAGUACACGACAUACAGUUAACCAAAAUGUUGCAGUAUCUGCUGUACAAUUCAGUCAUGUUAAAGAACUGGAGAUGCUAAGCUCUAGACAAUUCAUGUCCAAAUGUUCAGUGCACUUUGACUGGAAUAAAUUUUCUGCAAUUUGUGAUCAA